AUGGUUUCUGAACGGUUUCUGAACGGAUUGUUGUGUGUGUGUACACUUGGUGUGGAGCGUGACGAAAACGUCGCGCAAGUCUCCGGAGCAAUCAUGGGCGAGACGUCCUCGACGCGGGUGAUCAUCCACCUGGACCUCGACUGCUUCUACGCGCAGGUAGAGCAGCGACGACUCAAUAUUCCAGACGGCCAGCCCGUUGCCGUUCAGCAGUGGGGCAGCCUGCUCGCUGUCAAUUACGACGCACGUAAGUUUGGUGUGGAGCGAGGAGACUUUGUUGAUGCAGCAAAAAAGAAGUGUCCACCGAUCCACUUGCCGCAUGUAGACACGCUGGGUGAAAACCGGACGCCGGGACAGCUGUACGAUCGGACACAUCAGAAGGCCAUUUUAAGGAGAUACCGUGUCGCAAGUCGUGAGAUCUUUGCCAUCUUGGGUUCCAUAGUACCUGUUGUCGAGAAGGCAAGUAUCGAUGAGGCUUUCAUGGAUGUCACGGACAUGGCCAAGGCGAGACUCGCGCAAAUGACGGUGUAUUCGUCAGCUUUCUGUCAGGACCCUGUCAACCACGACACAACUGUGUUCCGCAAGAAAGAGGGAGAUGCAAACGAGGACGACGCUGCGCGGGCGUUUCCGCUGACGGAUUGCGAGCGGCUACUAUGCAUGGGCGCAGUGAUCUCUCGAGAGAUCCGCCAGGCCGUCCACCGCAAGCUUGGCUACACGUGUUCAACAGGCAUUGCAGGCAACAAACUCUUGGCCAAGUUGGCUUCCCCACUCAACAAACCUAAUGGACAAGUCGUCGUAGCGCCUCGAUUUGUUGCCGAUCUGAUGAAGAGUUUGCCAAUGCGGAAGAUCCGCGGACUUGGCGGCAAGCUCGGGAAGCAGCUCGAGAGUAUAUAUGAAAGUCUAGAUCCCGAGGCAACUAGCGUUUUAGAUCACGAACAAAAGCCUGCCGAUCAAGAACGGGAGAAGCUGACGGCAUACGCCCUUCUUCAGCGUUGCGGACUGGCAGAGCUGAGGCAACACGUGGGCCAAGACACUGCUGCGUACGUCCACCAGAUCUGUCAGGGCGACGAUGGCAGUGAACCAGUAGAAGAGAAAAAGGUCCAGGUGAAAAUGCUCAGCUGCGUCAAGCAGUUUGACCAGCGCUCUGGAUCGGCUCUAGUGCGUUUGGAACAGCUCGAGUACUGGGUGCGUUUGCUGUGCGAGGAGAUGGUCAUGCGCUGCGAGGACGAGCGCCUUGAGAACAAGCGCUUUCCAUCGCAGCUGACGCUCCAGUGCACGAAAGUCGAGGAGAAGCCGCGCACACGGAAGCUCGGUAUCGCUCAGGACACGACGGUAGACGAGCUGUUUGCAGCUGCGAUGAACGUGGUGCGGCUCCACUUGGACAGGAUGUUCCCAUUAGCAGCUCUGAGCAUGCACGCCAAGAACUUUGUCGACUUGGAUUCCCAAGCGGUGACAAGCAUAUCGAUUUUCUUCACGCGACAUUCGGACGACACGUCGUCGGCUGUGAGUACCGUCGCACAACGAGUCAAGGAUGAAGUGACGGCAUUUGCUGCGACACGCGGUCGAAAAAGUGACUCUUCAAUGCGACAGAGCAAGCGGCAGAAAAUAUCCGGCUUUUUUGCUCCAGUCUCAGAUCGGAGCAGCGCCGAAAAUAGGGUGGACCACGCGACGUUUCUAUCGGAACCGACUUCAACAUGCGCUCCAGCACAACCUCCGGCGUCGUCACUGUCGUCCUCAUCCCGAACUCACUAUUGCGAAUUGUGCAAGCGCUUUGUACCGGAGCCUCGCAAUGAGCACGCAGACUUUCACCUUGCACUGACGCUGAGCAAGACGCCGAGCAGUGAGGUCGUGGCAAGUGCUGGCAGAGAUAGACGCAGCCAGAAAAAGGGCCCUCUUGACGCGUUUCUCGAGCGAUAG